AUGCCUAUCUGGCACGCGAUCUGGGACGUGGCGUGGUUCUGGCGAGCUAAAACCGUGGCAUACUUGUUCGAACUCUCGCCACUCGAAAGAUGGUCAGAAACACUCAACAAGGCGGCCGACUACGACGAGUGGGAUGAGGCAGCCCAUAACCUCGACCGCAUUCUCAACCUCGAUAUGUGGCGCCACAACCCGACGAGUAAGGACUACGACUACCGCCUCAUCAACGAACGGACGCGGCUCAUACAAAACGCCCGCCAGGAGGGUGAUGUCUAUGGGCUCAUCAAUACGCUCCGCACCGGGCUUGUCCGUAAUUUAGGGAACAUUACCAGUGCCAAGUUGUUCAAUUUUUGCUUCUCCGGCACUAAAACCCUCAUCGAAGACUACGUCGAGCAGUAUGUCGAGGCGAUCCAAGAGAUCGCUUUGCUUCCGCCGCCACCUGCCGACGGGGAGUCCCCGAACGUGGAGGAGGUUCCCUCCGAGUACGAGGAUGGCGAGAUCGCGGCGAACGGUAGCAUCGGUGAAAAUGACGUCGGACGGCCCGGCUCUUCUGCCCUGUGCUACCAAAGCAGCAUGGCGACAAAAUUCCUCCAGACGCAGCAUAAACUCGAUUUCAUCACCUCUGCGAGACAGGGGUUCGGACGGAGCGCGCUCGUGCUGCAGGGCGGCGCCAUUUUCGGCAUGUGCCACCUCGGCGUCGUCAAGGCUCUAUUUCUUAGGGGGCUACUCCCACGUAUCAUCGUGGGAACAGCAACCGGGGCUAUGAUAGCGGCGUUGGUCGGGGUCCAUCCCGAGGAGGACCUCCUCCGAUUCCUUACUGGCGACGGAAUCGACCUCUCGGCCUUCGCCGCAAAUGGCAAGGACCCGGCCGCACACAAUGAACAAGUCAUGCAGUCGCCGUGGACGUGGUGGGCUACGCUUCUCAGAAGAAUACGGCGGUUCAGGGAGGAGGGCUAUUUUCUGGACGUCAAAGUCCUGGAAGACUGCGUUCGGGCGAACGUCGGCGAUCUAACGUUCGAGGAAGCGUUUAAUCGCAGCAAGCGGAUUCUCAACAUCACCGUCGUGCCGGCCGGACAAGAGGGUAUCCCAACCCUCCUCAACCAUGUGACAGCGCCUAACGUGCUAGUCUGGACGGCCGCCGUCGCCUCCAACGCCUCGUCGGACGCCUUCUACGGCCGCCGGCAGACCAGGAUCCUCUGCAAGGACGCGCACGGCAACAUCACGCCCUGGGCGCCCGCCGACACGGCCGACUUCCGGCACUGGACGCUGGCCUCGUACACGGACCGCAACGCGCCGCUCCAGCGCGUGUCGGGGCUCUUCAACGUCAACCACUACAUCGUCAGCCAGGCGCGCCCCUACCUGGUGCCCUUCCUCCAGUCCGACAUGCACGGGCCCUCGGCGCGCCUCUUCGCCGGCGGUGGCUUCGGCUUCCUCGCCGGGCUGCGGUCGCUGACGAUGCGCAUGGUGGGGCUCGAGGCCCGGCACCGGCUGCGCCAGCUCGACCGCCUGCGCCUCUUACCGCCAUCGAUCCGGCGGUUCCUGGUGGACGAGCACCUGCCCGGGCCGAGCGUGACGCUGGUGCCGCGGCUGGCGCUGCGGGACUUCGCGCGGCUCAUGGAGACGCCGACGCGCGACACGCUCGAGUACUGGAUCCUGCGCGGCGAGCGCAGCGUGUGGCCCGCCGUCGCCGCCCUGCACGUCCGCUGCGCCAUCGAGAUGGAGCUCGACCGCGCCUACCAGGACGUCCGCCGCCUCAAGGCCGGCGGCCUGCGCCGCAAGGGCAGCGAGAUCGCCCAGGCCCAGGCCCAGGCCAGGGCCCGCCGCGCCGCCGCCGCCGCCGUGCUGGUGGGCGACCGCGACCGUGACCGUGACCGUGAUGGCAACCGCGGAGAUCGGAGUGGGAAUCGAAAUGGGGAUGGCGCCGAUACGCCCGCGGCGGCUUAG